CCUGGAAGGAGGGUGCCCAGGUGUCACGCAAGCUGAGGGCACCCAUCUUGCAGGCAUUGCUUGGGCAGACACAGAGGCAGCACCGGGCUCUGCGAUGCCGUUUGGCUGCGUGACGCUGGGAGACAAGAAAGAUUAUAACCAGCCGUCCGAGGUGACCGACAGAUAUGACCUGGGCCAGGUCAUCAAAACGGAGGAGUUCUGCGAAAUCUUCCGGGCCAAGGAGAAGACAACGGGGAAGCUGUACACCUGCAAGAAGUUUCUGAAGCGGGAUGGGCGGAAAGUGCGGAAGGCGGCCAAAAAUGAGAUCAUCAUCCUCAAAAUGGUGAAGCACCCCAAUAUCCUGCAGCUGGUGGAUGUCUACAUCACCCGCAAGGAGUAUUUCAUCUUCCUGGAGCUGGCCACCGGCCGGGAGGUCUUCGACUGGAUCCUGGACCAGGGUUACUACUCGGAGAAGGACACCAGCAACGUCAUCCGGCAGGUGCUGGAGGCUGUCGCCUACCUGCACUCACUCAAAAUUGUCCACAGGAAUCUCAAGCUGGAGAACCUGGUGUACUAUAACCGCCUGAAGAACUCCAAGAUUGUCAUCAGUGACUUCCACCUGGCCAAGCUGGAGAACGGGCUCAUCAAGGAACCCUGCGGCACCCCGGAGUACCUGGCUCCAGAGGUGGUGGGGCGGCAGCGGUAUGGGCGGCCGGUGGACUGCUGGGCCAUCGGUGUCAUCAUGUACAUCCUCCUUUCUGGGAACCCCCCCUUCUAUGAGGAGACAGAUGAGGAAGACUAUGAGAACCAUGACAAGAAUCUCUUCCGCAAAAUCCUGGCUGGGGACUAUGAGUUUGACCCACCAUACUGGGAUGACAUCUCGCAGGCAGCCAAGGAGCUGGUGACGCGCCUGAUGGAGGUGGAGCAGGACCAGCGGAUCACGGCGGAAGAGGCCAUCUCCCACGAGUGGAUCUCUGGCAAUGCCGCCUCUGACAAGAACAUCAAGGAUGGUGUCUGCGCCCAGAUUGAGAAGAACUUCGCUCGGGCCAAGUGGAAGAAAGCCGUGCGAGUGACCACGCUCAUGAAACGCCUGCGGGCGCCUGAGCAGACAGAGACGGCUUCGGCCCCGGCCACCACCGCUGCCACCACCGCUGCCACCGCCGCCACGGAAACGGCGGCCCCCGCGGACUCCAGCCCGCCGCCCGCAGCCGCGCAGCCCCCGGCCCCCGCCACGCCGCCCGCCACCACGUGUAACGGGGACGGGGCUGCUACCGAUGACACCGCCACCGAGUCUCCCGGCGAGCAGACCGGCUGA